AAAGGUGAAUUUGAAGCUCUACUAAAUGAAAUGGAUGCCAUUGGUUCGUGAUCAGUAAAUAGGGAAUUUUGAUGAGCUUGCCUGGUAAUCACUCUUGCUUGGACGUGAAUAUGGACCGUGAAAAUUCUGUUGAAUUAUCUGGCACGUCAAAAGAGCUGCACUUUUUGAUUGCCAAAUAUUUAAGCAAGGGCCCGUUCGUGGAUAUUGGCAAGGCUUUGAAAGAGCAACUCGAGGCUAAGAAGGUUUUGCCCAAACGCAUCGACUGGAAAGGCGAUUCCCAUCAUCAGUCUUUCGACGAAUUGGAAACCAAGAACUCUCAAGUAGAUGAUGAUCACCUGCUGCAGCUAUGCCAGCGUUUGUGGUCGCAGGGCUUGCCCAAAGACAAUUGUGCUCUCAAGGGAAUUGGACAGUACUCCAUUUUGCAGCCGCUCACUUCCGGGCUUGUGCGGAAUUCGAAACUUGUGCACCUCUCCAACCUCGCGCAGACAGCAAGAAGAGACAUUCGGAACCCGGUCCACCUGCUGUUCGGCAGGGAGAACAGCUCGCGCUUGCUCCAGUCAAGCAUUCAGAACGCGUGCCUGUACUCGAGAAUGCAGCUGAACCACCGCACCCUGGGCCACCUGUCAGCGGUGUUCUGCGUGCUCUUUGACAAAAGUGGCCGGUUCAUCAUAACGGGUGCCGAUGACUUGCUUGUCAAGAUCUGGGAGGUCCAUUCCGGUCGGCUGAUGGCCACGCUCAGGGGCGCCUCUCAGGAGAUAACUGACAUUGACAUUAACCCGGAAAACACCUUGCUGGCUGCGGGUAGUGUGGACAGGAUUGUCCGUGUCUGGUGCCUGCAGACCACGGCUCCAGUAGCGGUCUUGUGCGCGCACUCAGGCACCAUCACCUCUGUCCGUUGGUGUCCUUAUCCUGAAACCAUAGACUAUAGGUACUUGGUGACCACUAGCGCUGAUGGGUCGGUCGCAUUUUGGACCUACACUCACAGCAGACUGGGAAAGGACGUUGUGUUCAAUCCAAAACCAAUACAGUACCUGGAAAAAAUACGUCCAGGUCAAGCUCAAAUAAUCAGUGCCUCAUUCAGCCAUGGUGGCGUCUUCCUUGCUGCAGGUAGUGCUGACCACCAUGUACGAAUUUACAACAUGAUUGGGGACGAAGGUCCUGUAGGAAUAAUGGAAACUAAAGUCCACACCGACCGGGUUGACAGUAUUCAGUGGGCAUCAAAAGGCCUACGUUUUGUGUCAGGUGCCAAGGAUGGAACGGCCGUAGUGUGGUGGUACGAAGCUGCGAAGUGGCAACACAGAGUGCUUGACAUGCAGAAACGCCUUCAUGAGCCGACAGAAGAAGAAGUGAAAAUAAAGCUCAAGGUCUCCAUGGUCGCGUGGGCCUUAAACGAUUUGUACUUGGUCACCGCGAGCAACGAUCUCAUUUUGCGUGUGUGGGAGGCUGCCACAGGCAACCUCAUCCACUGCCUCAAAAGCCACACGGAGGAACUUUUUGUGCUUGAGAGGCACCCUAUUUGCCAGAACCUGAUGCUUAGUGCGGGUCACGACGGGCAGAUUAACAUAUGGGAUGUGACUAAAGGCGAGAAGACCAAGUCUUUCCAGAACCAUAUCGAAGGCCAGGGGUAUGGCGCUGUCUACGACGCCAAGUGGUCGCCAGACGGCGACAAGAUUGCCGCCACUGACUCGCACGGUCAUCUACUUGUGUUCAGCCUGAGCGAAAACGAACAGUACAAAAAGUUGCCAAAAGACAUGUUCUUCCACACUGACUACAGACCCCUGACGAGGGAUUCAAAUCAUUGGGUGCUUGACGAACAGACGCAGAUUGCGCCGCACCUGAUGCCGCCGCCAUUCUUGGUUAACAUUGAUGGCAACCCCUACCCCCCUGAGAUGCAGCGGCUGGUGCCGGGAAGAUGUAAGCUCAAGGAUGAGCAGCUGGUGCCCAAUGUGGUGGUUAAUGAUGAUGGUGAUGAGGAGAUUGCUGCGGCACAGCCCAUAGCGCGAUCAAACAUUGACGAGAUGAUUGAGCAGCUGGCUCGUCAGAAUGACCAGAACGAGGAACCCGCAGUUGAUGAGCCAGCUGAUGAGCCAAUGCAGAUUGUUGAUCCAGCGGUUAAUGACCACGCUUACGCCAGGUCUCCGCCAGUGGAGCCAUCACCAAACAGAUCUGGUGCAAACGCACCAGCAAGGAGGAACGCGGACAUGGAAGGAGUGAGACAGUCUGGUGGAAACUGGCAGCAAAAUGUCGAGUGCUGUAUCUGGCUCAAGAAAGAUCUCGUUCGACAGAUUAGUCAUCAUGAAGAGGAACGCAUCAUGAAGCAACACUGUGCCUUGGGAGAAGAGGAGAUGAAGCUGUUUGAUCAUGAGAGCAAAAAGCAGCCCAUUACCGUAGAGACUGAACCACCGCAAGUGCCAAAAACCAAAACAACGAAGAAGCUUCCUAAAAGGAACCGUGCCAAUGAGAACAAUCAUAACUACAGAACGAGGACAUCCGUUCUUGGUGCAGAUUUUGUUGAUUCUAGAGAUCUGCCAGGCACAUCAAGCAGUAGCAGUAGCGAUACUUCCGAUAGCGACUCUGAUAUUAUGAGCAACGACUCGGACAGCAGCGACUACUCAGACUGGGUUGCGGAGACAAACUCUGACCGACAGGCCACUUUGCAACCACCCAAGAGAAGCCGUCGCUCUACUGUUAUGAUGCGGAGAUCUUCGCAAGAGAAAGAAGAUGAUGAUGAUGAUUCGCUUGAUGAAGAUGAUCAACAUGACAAUGAUUCUCAGCCAGGAACCAGUGGAGUCAAGCGUGAUUCUCGAUUGCGACAAGCACCCAAAAAGACGGUGAGGCAUGAGGAUGACGUCUCGCCACCGAGGACUGUACGCAACCCGGCCACAGCCAAGCUGCUAGCUAGCAACAUCAAAGAAGUGCCAGAGCAGUUCAAACCGUCCGAGUGGCUGAAUGAGACAAUGCCCCGAAAAACGCCCUACUUCCCGCAGAUUGGUGACGAGGUUGUCUACUUCAGACAAGGCCACCAGAUGUACUUAAACGCUGUACGAACAAAGAAGAUUUACGACCCGGGGGCCAAGUGCGAGCCAUGGCUUAAAAUGACGCUCAGAGAGGUGGAGUUUGUUAAGGUGGUCGGCAUCAAGUACGAAAUCAAACCGCCUCGGCUGUGCUGCCUGCGGCUUGCUAUCAUGAACGUGGACACUGGCGCGUUCACCUCCUACUUCAACAUAAAGUACCACGACAUUCCGGACGUAAUUGACUUUUUAGUCUUGCGGCAGUAUUACGAAACGGCUAUGGAGAAGAACUGGACGGUUGGCGAGCAGUUCCGAAGCCUAAUUGAUGACUCUUGGUGGAUUGGGAAAAUAUCUGCCCAUAAUCCAGCAGACUUGGAUUUUCCAGACUCUCCAUUCCAGUGCUUUAAGGUUGUUUGGGAUAACGGAGAAGGUGAGCGGAUGAGUCCAUGGGACAUAGAGGUGGUUGAUCCUGAUCGGCUCCCUGCUGAUAAGGGCGGCUCUGUCAGCGUGCUGCCUCAAGAGAUUGAAGCUUCGUUGUUUAAGUCGGUCGACCCUCAGCUGUGGCUCCCUAGUGGGGAGCGUGAUUUGGAGUGUCAAAGACUGCUGCAAGCCUUUGACACAAUCAUGGGGCUGUCGGUGGCAGAGCCAUUCAGCGCACCUGUUGAUCUAAGUCAUUACCCGUCCUAUGCGCUAGUCAUUGCCUACCCCAUGGACCUGUCCAUGAUCAGAGCCAGGCUCGAGAACCGCUUCUAUCGCAGUGUGCAAGCCCUGCAGUUUGAUGUUCGCUACAUCGCCAGCAACGCUGAAAUUUUUAAUCAAAGGAAGAGUCAGAUUGUCAAACAGGCCAAUAUCUUGACUGAUCUCUGCUUGCAUGUGAUCCAAAAUUCAAGCAUUUCUGUGGUCGAAGAGUAUCACAGACUGAUGGGUACAUACAAAUCCGAAAGCUCUGAUGGCGAGGUCACAGGAGCAAAGGAGUUAUCUCGCAAGAGUCCGAGGAAGAAGUCUCAGCCGGUAAUGGAAGCUGACCCUGACGAGUGGAAAGAGAAAUGCUCUGACUUGUUGCACAUUGUGAUGAACAACAAAGACGCUGGGCCCUUCAAGGAGCCGGUCGAUGUGACAGAAUUUAGUGAUUACCUUGACAUAGUGCAAAACCCAAUGGACCUGUCAACUGUACGUGAUUCUUUGGAAAAUGGCGAUUACAAUGAUCCAGUUGAGUUUGGAAAGAACAUGCGAUUAAUCUUUACCAACUCUAAAAACUACAACACAAACCGAAAAUCUAUGGUGUACUCGAUGACUGUCCGCUUGUCAAACCUGUUUGAAGGCAGUUUCCAACCGAUAUUGGCAGAGUGGAGGGCUCAGCAGAAAAAAUCAGCAAAGGUUACCAACGGGAUCUCAGCAAUAACUACGCGUUCUUCAGCCAAAAAAAGCAGUAGUGGGGGUUCAACUGCUUCAUCAGUCAGUUCAUUCACCAGAGGUCGAAAACGGAUCGCCAUGGCAAACGGAGUAUCCAGACGACUCAGGAUAUCAAGUGACUCUGACGAGAGUGUGGCCAGCUCAAGUAGGAACAGCUUAAAUUUAGCUGUGUCCUCUGAUCAUUCAACUAGCACUUCCGCACUAACUGCCUUGAUAAAUAAUGGCACUUUGAGCAAAGCUGGACCUUCCAGACAACCUUCUCAACAGAAAACAAAUAAAAACAAAAAAUGCUCAUCAAGCGAAGACGAAGAUGACGUUGAUGAAGGUGGCAGCUCACCAAGUGGGAGCCGGCCAGAGUCAGCCAACUUUGCUGAAAUCGGAUACUACUCCUCUGACGAUUCAGACAACUCUUCAGAAGACCAGUCGGAGUCUUCUGAGGAUGAUGAUGACGACGACGAUGAAGAAUAUGGAAGCAGAAAAAAGUCAAAGCGACCGCAGAGGGCUGCAGCUGCUAAGAAGCGCGUCCGAAGCAGAGACAGUGAUUCAGACAGCAGUACCGAGAAGCGGAAGAGGCCGAAGAGAGCUGUGCCGGCCCCUAAACAGAGCGAUAGAAAUCGCAGGCAGCAAAAGGUGGUGUCCUAUCACGAGGGGAGUGAAGAAGAAAUCAAACCGAGGAAGUCAAGACGUGUAGUGAAACGAAAUUGUAUCGGAUCUGAUAGUGGAAGCGAAGAGGAAGAAGAGGCUCCCGCCAUUAGCGUGAGCAGCAGAGGCAGAAUCCGAAAGCUGACUGAGAAAGGAAGGAGUGUUUUUGACUGACACCACACUCACACAAUUUACUGUAGUGAAUUUUAAAUUUUUGUUCAUACCAAUUCAUUCCUGUAUGAGUGCAGACUACAAACUAUUUUUGUAAAAUCCGUGGCAAAUCCACUCAAAACAAUCGAGCCAAACGAAAUACAUGAUAGCAUUCACUGCCACAUUGUGAUGUUUGCAUUUCGCACAGUAGCGACAGACUUUUAAUCACAUUUUGAGUUACACAUGUUGAGCCGUUAAAGUGACUGCCUUACCCGGAUCAAUCUCAGUUUCUCUAUUCUAAUAUCAAACAGCAAGACUGAAAUGCAAAGUUACUUUUAUGCUACUGAUCUCCCCAACAAAGUACAGUCAGUAUUGAUUCAAUUUGCCGUACAAGCGUACAAAUAAAAAACACUUUUGUACUAUUUA